GCUGCAGACGCCACCCCGGCGACCGAGGAACCAUGGCCGAGUACUCGCGGCUGCACAACUGCCUGGCGCUGAUCCGCCUCCGAAACCCGCCGGUCAACGUGCUCAGUGUGUCUGUACUUCAUGGAAUAAAAGAGGCACUACAGAAAGCUGAAACAGACCGUACAGUAAAAGCCAUUGUGAUUUGUGGAGCAGGUGGCAAAUUCUGUGCAGGUGCUGAUAUCCGUGGCUUUGGCACUCCUACAGCCUUUGGCAAUGUACUGAAACACGUAGUAGAUGAAAUACAGAGUUAUGAGAAACCUGUGGUGGCAGCUAUCCAAGGCAUAGCUCUAGGAGGGGGACUAGAGCUGGCCCUCGCCUGUCACUAUAGGAUAGCCCAUGCAGAGGCUCAAGUUGGCUUACCAGAAGUCACACUAGGAAUUCUUCCUGGUGCAAGAGGAACCCAGCUUCUCCCCAGACUCAUUGGCAUUCCUGCUGCACUUGAUUUAAUUACCUCAGGUAGACAUAUUUUUGCAGGUGAAGCACUCAAGCUGGGUAUUCUAGAUAAAAUUGUGAACUCAGACCCAGUUGAAGAAGCAGUCAACUUUGCUCAGAAAGUUUCAGAUCAACCUCUAGAAUCCCGCAGACUCUGCAACAAGACAGUUCAGAGCUUGCCCAACAUGGACACCGUUUUCAGUGAGGCCCUCUUGAAGUUGCGCAAGCAGCACCCUGGCUGCCUUGCUCAGGAGGCCUGUGUUCGUGCAAUCCAGGCCGCCGUGCAGUAUCCCUAUGAAGUGGGUAUCAAGAAGGAGGAAGAGCUGUCUAAGUACCUUCAUGGAUCAGGGCAGGCUAGAGCCCUGCAAUAUGCUUUCUUUGCCGAAAGGAGUGCAAAUAAGUGGUCAACUCCAUCUGGAGCAUCUUGGAAAACAGCUUCAGCACGGCCCAUAUCCUCAGUUGGCGUUCUUGGUAAGAGCGUGUGGUAGUUAAUGGAAUCUUCCAAAUCUGCAUACAUAAAGUGCAGCCAUUUGCACAGUGCCAGGUUCCAUGUUAAACCUGUUACUUGUGUUGUUAGCUAAGUCAGUUCUCACCCCACCCCAUGAACUCUCCUCAUUUUUGCAUGUGAAACCUGGAGAUGCCAAGCUUCUCAACAGUGAGCUAAACAUGAGUGGUAUGAAAGUGUGACUCC